AUGCUGGGAGAGAGACCGUGGCACAGUGAACGAGGGCCAGAGGUUGCCCAGCUCUGGGAAACAGAGGAAACAUUGGUAGCAGCUAAGGUCCAAAGGAAGCUGCACCAGAGCAACGCCUGGGCUCCAUGGCUGAGAAGGUCUCCGGGGAGAGAGGGCUGUGGGCCGGGGCUGUGCCCCAGAACGCCUCGCUUCUGAAGGAGUCUCUCACCUGUCAUGUUGCCCAGCAGGGCCUCCAGGACAGUUUGUUCUCCUCGGAAAGUGACAACAGUCUGUACUUCACCUACAGUGGCCACUGCAACACCUUGGAGGUCCGAGACCUCAACUACCAGGUGGACAUGGCUUCCCAGGUGCCUUGGUUUGAGAAGCUGGCUCAGUUCAAGGUGCCCUGGACAUAUCACAAGGACUCUUGUAAGCUGGGCAUCCAGAACCUGAGCUUCAGAGUGAGGAGCGGGCAGAUGCUGGCCAUCAUCGGGAGCUCAGGCUGUGGGAGAGCUUCUGUGUUGGACGUGAUCACAGGUCGGGGCCAUGGCGGCAAGAUUAAGUCUGGCCAAAUCUGGAUUAACGGUCAGCCCAGCACGCCUCAGCUGGUGAGGAAGUGUGUGGCCCACGUGCGUCAGCAUGACCAGCUGCUCCCCAACCUAACCGUCCGUGAGACCCUGGCUUUUGUUGCCCAGCUGCGCCUGCCCAGAACCUUCUCCCAGGCCCAGCGUGACAAAAGGGUGGAUGAUGUGAUCGCAGAGCUGCGGCUGCGGCAGUGUGCCGACACGCGAGUGGGCAACAUAUACAUGCGGGGGGUGUCGGGGGGUGAGCGGAGGAGAGUCAGCAUUGGGGUGCAGCUCCUGUGGAACCCAGGAAUCCUCAUUCUGGACGAACCCACCUCGGGGCUCGACAGCUUCACAGCCCACAACCUGGUGAGAACCCUGUCUAGGCUGGCCAAGGGCAACAGGCUGGUGCUCAUCUCCCUCCACCAGCCUCGGUCGGACAUCUUUAGGCUGUUUGAUUUGGUCCUCCUGAUGACGUCCGGCACCACCGUCUACGCGGGGGCAGCCCAGCACAUGGUCCACUACUUCACAGCAGCUGGCCACCCCUGUCCCCGCUACAGCAACCCUGCCGACUUCUACGUGGACUUGACUAGCAUUGACAGGCGAAGCAGAGAGCAGGAAGCAGCCACCAGGGAGAAGGCUCAGUCCCUUGCAGCCUUGUUUCAAGAAAAAGUCCGUGACUUCGAUGACUUUCUGUGGAGAGCGGAGGCAAGGCAGCCAGGUGUGGGCGUUUGUGGAGCGAGGCUGGCCCUGCCGACCGACACCGGCCACGUCCCGACUUCCCCUGAGCUGCCUGGCCCUGUGCAGCAGUUCACCAUGCUGAUCCGUCGUCAGAUUUCCAACGACUUCCGAGACCUGCCAACUCUCCUCAUCCAUGGGGCACAGGCCUGUCUGAUGUCCCUGAUCAUCGGGUUCCUCUAUUAUGGCCACGGAGCCACCAAGCUCCCCUUCAUGGACAAGGCUGCUCUCUUGUUUAUGAUCGGAGGGCUUAUCCCUUUCAAUGUGAUCCUGGAUGUCAUUGCCAAAUGUCACUUGGAGAGGGCAAUGCUUUACUAUGAAUUGGAAGACGGGCUGUACACUGCUGGACCCUAUUUCUUUGCCAAGAUCCUAGGGGAGCUUCCGGAGCACUGUGCCUACAUCGUCAUCUACGUGAUGCCCAUCUACUGGCUGGCCAACCUGCGCCCGGGCCCCGAGCCCCUCCUGCUCCACUCCCUGAUGGUGUGGCUGGUGGUCUUCUGCUGCAGGGUCAUGGCACUGGUCACUGCCGCUCUGCUCCCCACCUUCCACAUGUCCUCAUUCUUCGGCAAUGCUCUCUACAACUCCUUCUACCUCACCGGAGGCUUCAUGAUAAGCCUGGACAGCCUGUGGACAGUGCCGGCAUGGAUUUCCAAAGUGUCCUUCCUCCGGUGGUGCUUUGAAGGGCUGAUGCAUAUCCAGUUUAAGGGGCUCACUUACCACAUGGCAGUCGGCAACCUCACCAUCCCUAUCCCUGGAGACGUAAUCCUCAGCUCCAUGGACCUGAACUCGUAUCCACUCUACGCCAUCUACUUGAUCCUCGUCAGCAUCACGGGCGGCUUUAUGGCCCUGUACUAUGUAUCCUUAAGGUUCAUCAAACAGAAACCAAGGCAAGACUGGUGAUCCACACCCACACUCCUGCCCAUUGGUGGAGUACUCGAGAAGACCCUUCAACUGCACUCCCUUCCUCCCGAAGAACCUCUUCCCGGGCACAAGGACAGUGAGAACACCGAGCUCAGCUACAUCCGGCCCACAGUGCUGCAGUGGCACAGGCCAGCCACAGGAUGGCAGUAGAAUAAAGACAGUGGAAAGGGAUUUCUGCUCACUGGCCAAAGCUUGCAAUCACUGGGAACGUGAAAACCAUGCUUGGGGACACCUACAAUGUUGCUAAUUUAUUUCCUUCUUAUAUAUAUUUAUAUAGGUAACUCAGUACAGGAUAGGGGCAAAUCAAGUAUGAAUUGAGUAGCUAGGCUAUGCAAGAAUUGGUAGGGUCCAGAGGGAAUAAUAUAAAUAGCUAGUCAAAUGUUUGGCCUCAUCUUCCUGGGGCCCUCUGUGUUAAACCACUCUCAACACAAAAAAUGACCUAAAAUAUACCAGUGAGAUGCCAUCACUUGGUGUGGAGGAAUGGGCUCCAAAAUCCAAAUUGAACAAUUAAAAAUUUAUUGAGCAUCUACUGUAUGCCAGGUACAGCUCAAAACACUUAAUUCAUGUGGAUAUCAUUUAAUUUCAGAACCUUUAUAGGUAAGCAGUAUCCCAUUUUAUAGAUGAGGAAACUGAGGCACAGACAAAUUUGGUCUGCUAAGUAGGUUAUACAACUACCAUGUGGUAGAGUCCUGUGGGAGUCAGAAAAGCCUUUGAAGGCUUUAGGAGCUAGAGGGCAGAGAAAGGCCUGAGCCACCUAAGGCUUAGAAGGCCAGGAUGGCUCUAGAAGAUGAAGUGGUUUAUAGAGGCUGUGUCAACUCAGCCAGACUCCUUAGAAUUGCAUCUCACUGGCCCUGCUUGAGUCUCAGGACCAGCUUUGAUGGUGGCCAGGGUAUGGGAUGGAGCAGGCCCAGGUCACAUGCUCCAUGCCUGAGCAUUGAGGACCAUCUGCCCCAAGGUACACAGAGAGCUAGGAGGAUAUUGUUCCCAAAGGAAAUACCAGAGUCUGGAAAUAAAAGGGGAAAGGUGAGUGUUUGGGAGGCAAAUAGGAAAUGUUUACUACAGUUGGUUCCCUAGGCCAUUGCUACUUCAAGUGUGGCCCCCUGGACCAGUGGCAUGGCCCCCACCUGGUUAGAUAGGCAGACUCUCAGGCUCCACCCAGACCCACUGAAUCAGAAUCUGCAUUUUAAGAUCCCCAAGUGAUCUGUAUGCACAAUGGAGUUUGGGAAACAGUGUUGUAGCACACUGCCCUUAUACAGGACAACCAUCAAACUCAGGGCCUUCCUACUAACACAGUACAUGGUAACUUUGUUACGUUGCCACCAUCCAAGAGGUGGGCCCCAUUCAAGAAGUGCUAAUUGUUCUGACAAUACGUCCUUCAUUGCAAAAGGAUAGAUUAGGAUUAAACCUAUUAAACGAAUUGUCAAUAACCUCUGGUCUACAGUUUACAACAGUCCUUCGA